AAUGGCAGUGCCCAAUGGCAGUAAGUGCCUGAUUUGAAAAGCAGUAGCAGCAGUAGCGAUGCGGUGGAGGUGGCGUGAUGCUGCGAGGCGGCAAAGCCGGCCUGGGGCUUGGAGCAACGGCCGCACGGGGCAGUGAAGCCAAGAGCCGGUGCUGCAAAUAACCAGUUGUCAACCUCCCAACCGAGCCUUAGGCCUAAGAUGGGUGAGCAUGAACAAGACGGCAACGAGCUUCAGACCACCCCGGAAUUCCGAGCCCACGUAGCCAAGAAGCUGGGAGCCCUGCUGGACAGCUUCAUUACCGUCUCAGAAGUAGCAAAGGAGCCAACAAAAGCUCAGGUACAGAAAGUCGCUUCAGAGGAUGAUGGUUUCCGCUUUUUCUUCACGUCUGUCCCUGGAGGCCGUAAGAAGGAAGAGUCGCCCCAACCCCGCCGAAAGCGCCCGCCCUCCAGCUCCAGUGAGGAUAGCGACGAGGAGUGGCGGCGGUGCCGGGAGGCAGCUGUGUCGGCGUGGGACAUCCUGCAGGAGUCAGCCAUCCACGGCGCUGGCACGGUGGAGAAGGAGGCCAAGAAGAAAAGGAAGUCGAAAAAGAAAGCCAAGAAGGUGGCGGUAGUAGUCACCACCACCGCCCCCAGCGCGGCCACGGUCCAGAAGCAGAAGUCAGGUGAGCUCACCGGGGACCAGGUGUCGCUUGGAAUCAAAAAGAAGAAAAAGGCAAAGAAGGCCAGUGAGGCCUCUCCAUUCCCACCAGCAAAGAGUGCCACAGCGGUGCCUGCAAACUGAACCCAGCUGUGGGCACAGGGCUCGGCUCCAACAACAGGGUGCCCUGGGGACAAGGCAUUUUCAAGCCCUACCUCCCUCUCCAAGUUCAAGGACUGGGCUGGCAAGUCUAGACUGCCCAUAAGACCCUGU